CUACUUUAUUAAUUUUUUAUUGUUCAAAAAAUAAGCUGACUUUUAUUUAACCAAUCAUAAAUUUUGAAAAAUCUGUAUAAAUAUCCCAAUUAAAUUGUUAUUCAAACAAUAUGUAAGAGAACCGAAGGCAGUCACUGAUUCGGUUGAUCCCGUUGUCUCGUUCGCUCGCUCGCUCGCUCUCUCUCUCUCUAGCCUCUCUCCAUCUUCGUCGGUUUCAUUGUCUCACUAUCUGUCUCUGUCUCCGUGUUUGUGAUUGUGAUUGUGUGUGUGUGCGUGUUUCAGUGUCAGUGGAAGUCUGUACGUCUCCUGUGUGAUUGAUUCGUACAGACACAGUUCUACAAGAGAUCUAACACUUCGAUCUAACACUCAUAACUGAUCAAUCUCUUUUGGUCCCACAGAUUAUAUAAGUGUAACUCCAAACAAAAUCUAUCCACAUCUACACAGACAUUAUAAUUGUCGUGCGCCUUUCAAUCAGUAUUGUUACUAUUAUUAUUAUUAUUGAAACAAAGGGAAAACCGUAUUACUAUUACAUAAUACACAUGAAGUGGCCAAUUGAAAUGAUUUUCUUAUUAAUGAUCUAUUCAAUAAUGCUACACUAUUUACCGCAUAGUCAUGGUACCUCUUUAAACCGGUUUGACGCUGAAAAUGAAGCUCUUAUCAAUGAGUACUUUUCAUCUGAAAAAAUGGAUGAAGCAGCCGAGAAUUGUGUACGCCUUGUCAAUAGUAGAACUUAUAAUAGCAACACUAAUAAUAAUAAUAAUUACUAUAAAAAAAAGAAAAGUAGUAUUAAAGUUGAACAAGAAUAUGAUACUGAUAUUAUAGAUCCAGCCUUACUUUCAUAUGAAGUACGUAAAUUAAAAUGGAGAAACUGUAUCAUCAAAGAAUUGGAUCGUAUUAACCGUGGUCUAUUCCAAUGGAAUCCAACUUCACUGUUAAAAUUUAAUGAAGAAUAAGAAAAUAUAAUUUGAAACAGUGCAAUGAAAAUUUUAAAAAAAGUACUUUAUCAACAACAAAAACAAUAAUAAAAAUAACAUUAACUACAGAUAAACAAAAAAAAGUGUUGAACAAUUUUCAAUACACAUAUACAUAUAUAUAUUCCAUUUCAAAACAAAUCAAAAAACCCGCCAAAAAUUU